AUGGGAGAUCUCGGCAUCCGCGAGCCGCCGCCACUCCAGAUCGGCAGCGCCGUCAUCCCUCAGCCUCCGGCCGACUCGCGGCGCGUCGCCCCCCCUCGCCAACCCCCGACCACCGCCCCCACCCCGAAGCUCCUAACACGGCCGCCCAGACCCGUGCGGCGCCGAGUCGCCCGCUCGGCUUCAAGCGCCGCUGCCGCACCGGGGGUUUCACAACUGCGCUUCUCCUUUGGCCCCGCCGCCGGUUCUCGGUCGCACCCCGGUCCGACUCCUCCCGGCCGCGCCCCAGCCGCCGCCGGGCAACCCUUGCACCCGAGAGCAAGGCCGAGGAUUGGAUCUCGCUCCGCCGCGCCACCGGCCCACACCCUCGGCCGGCCCAGCACUUGCCCGGACCCCUCCGACGUGCCGGCACCCUUCCCCGGCCCGGAGGCGCCCGCACGUCCGCACGCCGGCGGGCCAACCCUAGCUCCCUGCACUCCCGGUACUGCUACUUAUUAG